AGAACACCAGAGUAGAAUCCAGGAUUCCCAAAGGUUCUGCCUGGCCUUUCAAGCCGGGGAUCUCUGUCUAGAUUACAAAAUGGCUUCCGAUGACAUGGCAGACAGCACUAACAAGACCAGUUCCAGCAUUUCAGAAGUGUUGGACCUCUGUCAGGUUGAUGCUGAGACCAUUCUUGGCAACUUGGGAUUCACGGAAGAAUUAGCACAGGCUGCCACUUGGAUUCCUGAUCGGUUCUUCUCUGUUCCAUCCCAAGCUGAGGGCAUAAAUUUCCAUCUCUUUCUAAGAGCUCAGGUCCAGCGGAUCGAGAUGGAGGAUCCUUGCCUCAUGUUAGUAAGUCGGUUCAGAGAUGUCCAAACCCUGAGUGAAACAACUGAUGAUUGCUUCUGCCUCUAUUCAUAUAUAUCUAAGACACCAGUACAGGAAAUCUCACCUGGACACUUGUUCUGGGCCUUUCCAGAAACCCCGGAUUCCUGGAAUAUUCCUUCCCAGCCAGUGUCUUCAUCUUCACUCCAUGCCCUGCAAAAAACUAUGUGCUUGUGUACCUCAUCCCAGAAAGAAUGGCCCCUGAGAGCUUUCAGUAUGCAGUCUCCUGUGAAUUGCCUGGAACAGGAUAUGUGGGAGGUGAUACAUAAGGCUCACAAAGGUCGAUUUCCAUUUAACAUGGAAGACCUGGAGGAUGAAACUCAAGCAGUGCCCAUGAAGGAUUCAGUUUGUCACCGUAGAAUGGGCAGAAAGGUAGCUUCUUCAGGAUCUGCCUUCAUAGAGACACCUCCAGCUAUUACUCCCUGCAGCUACUGUGAAACUCCAUAUUAUUCGUGGAAAAGUGCAGAAAUAUCCUUGCCAGGAUGGCUUUCUUUCCAUUUUGGUGGGACAAGAAAGAAGACAUUGGACAAUGUUGGCCCCCAAGAGGUAGGCCAUUUUGGACAUCAUUCUUCACCAGAAGCUACCUCUCCAGAUGAAACCAGUGAAGAAUCUGAUGAAGAGUAACCCAUUGAGAAGAGAAGAGGACUGUAUGGAUCUCUUGAUAGAAUUCCUGGCAAGGAAUUUAGUGUGUGCACAAAACACAGGUAUCCAACUUCUCCAACAUGAUCUUAAUCAUGUACACUGUGGCCUAAUUCCACGCAUUAAAGCUCUAGCACCAUAUUGGUGCUCUGAAGAUUAAUAGUAGAGACCUACUUUAAAUGGAUAACAUGAAGAUGACUUAA